UUCUGUGGUGUAUUUGCAUGUGUGCGUCCGCGCGCACACAGGCGCGGCUACUUGUAAUGUACAAAAACCAGUAAUAAACGAGCAUCUAUCAGAUCCGGUUGUUUCACUAAAGUACUUGUAGAUACCUCACUGGCGACGAUCCGUGACUUACCCGCGUGUGUAUUUAAAAUAAUUGUUAUUUAUAAUGGCUACUACUUUUAUCGGAAAUUUAAGUCAUUUUGACCAUAACACCCAAGAAUGGGAAAUUUUCAGUAGUCGUUUGAAGCAGUUCAUUGUUUUAAAUCAAAUUAAAGAUGAGAUGAGACAGGCAGUGCUACUGACACAUCUGCAUGACGAUACAUACCGGCUGUUGAAGAACCUUGUGUACCCGAGUAAGGUAGAAGAGGUCGGGUACGACGAGUUGUUAAGGGUGCUCGACGGUCAUUUUACUCCGAAGAGGUGUACCUUCGCUGAUAAGACCAAAUUCUACGAGGCUAUGCGUGACGUGGGGGAGAGUGUCGAGAAGUGGGCGGCUAGAAUCAGAGGACUCGCCGUACACUGCGAGUUUGGAAACUCGCUGGACAUGCUGCUGCGGGACAAGUUCGUGCUGGGGCUACGCGCCGGCAAGGAGCGCGAGCGACUCUUCGAGCAGGACGCCACCACGCUCACGCUGGCGAAGGCGAUGGAGCUGGCACAGCAGACGGAGUGCGCGCAGAAGGCACGCGCCGAUGCAGUGGCCGUGGCCGUGAAGCAGGAGCCGGUGUACCGGGCGGGCGCGCAGCCGUCCGCCGGCCGCCGGGACCCCGAGGCGAGGACCUGCUCGGUGUGCGGUAUGAGGAGCCACGACGAGAGUAGGUGCCGAUAUAAGUCCUACCGGUGCCAGCUGUGUGGUGAAAAGGGACACCUCAAGAAAGUGUGUACUUCCAAGAAGCAGUCCAAGAGUCGUGUGAACAAUGUUGAAGCGACAGAGUUCUCGGUAGAAGGUGGGGACUGCGAUAAUUGCAAGGAGUGUAAACUUCUAAGUUUAAGGUCUUACAAUUAACGGUGGAGAAAUGUGGUGUAUUUGCAUGUGUGCGUCCGCGCGCACACAGGCGCGGCUACUUGUAAUGUACAAAAACCAGUAAUAAACGAGCAUCUAUCAGA